UUUCUUAAUUUGUGUUUGCUAGAGGUAGCAAAAGGCAACAUGGUUUUGAGUCACGUUGAGGUGAUCUCUAGAGAGAUGAUUAAACCAUCAUCUCCAACACCCCAAAACCUCAGGAACCACAAGCUUUCAUUCCUAGACCAAAUUGCCCCACCAGUUUAUAUUCCUCUCAUUUUCUUCUAUCAUCCUGAUUUGGGAUACGAUUUUGAUCGUGCCCAAAAAUCUCAAUUACUGAAACAAUCCUUGUCAGAUACCCUAACUCGCUUUUACCCUUUAGCCGGAAGGAUAAAAAAUGAUGCUUGUAUCGAUUGCAAUGAUGCUGGAGUUGAGUAUGUUGAAGCCCAAGUUCAUGCUCAACUCUCACAUGUUAUCGAAAAUCCUAAUAUUGAAAACCUAAAACAAUACCUCCCAAUUGAACCUUAUGGCACCAGCGCUGCUAUGGGAAGGGAGGCAGUCCUAGCCAUCCAAAUCAACUUCUUUGAUUGUGGAAGUUUAGCGAUCGGCUUGUGUAUUUCACACAACAUAGCCGAUGGAUCAUCUCUAGUCACCUUCACCAAUGCAUGGGCUGCCACAGCUCGUGGGGCUAUCAAAAAUGUAACCCCUAGUUUUGAUUUGGCACUUCACUUCCCACCAAAAGACUUAUCAGGAUUUAUGCCAACCUUAGGCAUCACAACAGAAAAGAUAGUGACAAGAAGGUUUGUGUUCGAUAAAAAGAAGUUGGCUGUACUCAAAGAGGCCGCGUCCUCGGCCUUUGGAUCACAGGUGAAGGAUCCCACUCGUAUCGAGGCUGUCUCAGCUUUCAUAUGGAGCCAUUUCAUAGAGGUGGCUAAAAGUAAGUUAGCUCCCAAGAAGAUAUUUGUUGCAAACCAUGCAGUGAACUUGAGAAGCAGAAUGAAUCCACCUCUCCCGGACCACGCCAUGGGAAACAUAUGGAGGAUCGCGACUGCAAUAUCAAUGUGUGAGGGUGAGAUAGUAUUUGGUGAUCUUUUGAGCAAGCUGAGGAGCGCAAUAAGGGAGAUCGACAGCGAUUAUGUGAAGUUCCUACAAAUUGGAGAUGGGUACUUGGAUUACCUCAAGAGGGCAACAGAAAAUUUCUCUAAUGGAGAGGUAGAGUACUGUAAUUUUAGUAGUUGGUGGAGAUUUCCUGUAUAUGAAGUGGACUAUGGUUGGGGUAAGCCAGUUUGGGUGUGCACCACAACCUUGCCUUUUAAGAAUGUGGUAAUAUUGAUGAGUACUAGUUGUGGGGAGGGAAUAGAAGCAUGGGUCAAUAUGCUUGAAGAUGACAUGACCAUGCUUGAACGUGAUCAUAAGCUACUGUCUCUUGAUGCCACUAAAAUCAAUGCCUAAAAUUAAACUUGGUGGUGAACCAUUAGGGUUGCUAUGAUUAGGUGAAUUGUUUCCCGUUGUCUCGAAGUACUAGUGUGCCUUUCUAUCUUCUUGUCUACUAUAAUAUGUAUGUUUAA